UUAAAGAUGUUAUAGACAAGAUUGUUUUAGAAAAUGUUGAAAAGAACAUUUUGGGUAAAAAACAAAAAACAGAUUUUGAUAUCCUUGUCAGUGGAGGAGCUCCAGGAAUAGGUAAAACACGAUUUGGCCAAGAACUUUUUUUUCAACUCAAAGAUAACUGGACUCCACCUACUUUGUCAACAAAAAAUAUUCAACCUCAUUUUCAAUAUAUUUGCUUAGAUUUUGGGAAUGGAUGUCCACUUGAUAAUACUGACUAUGGACUUUCUUCAUCAAUCAUGCCAUACAUCAAAUACUUCAACAUUGGUGCUGUGUUUCAGAGCAUUGCUGAACAUUUAGAAUUGAAAGAGAAUCAGGAACUUUUUGUUUUUCUUCAUAUUGAUGAAUUUCAAUUGAUUGAUAAAUGGGAGAAAAAAUAUAUGUCAACUUUUAAUAAAGAUUUCUUUAAAGAUAUGUUCAAUGAACUUGCAACAUUUAUGAUGAAUAGACUAGAAGCAUUUGUUCAAACAUUCAUUUCAGGAACAGCUCCACAAGUUGUCAUUUCAGCUAAGGAGCCAUCUAGAGUUUCAUUUCAUUUUGUUGAAUGUCCAUUGUUAUCAAUGACAUCUAUGAUUAAGAUUGUAGAUCAAUUUGCAGAGUCAUGUAAUGCAGAAAAAUUUGAAUGUGGUGAAUAUAAAUGGAAGCUAUGUAGACCAUUUCUUUAUCAUUUGGAGGACACAGGAGGAUUGCCUCAUGCAUUACAGUAUCUUUUAGAAAUAUGUUUCAAAGAACUCAAUAACAACAUGUAUGAUUUUUUUACAAGUUUUGAUAAUCAAUAUGAAUUUAGCCCAAGAGCUUCUAAAACUUUAGGAAUUGUUGUAAAGCUGAAGGAACUUUCUGUAAUACAAGCCCAUGGUCAAUUUCCAUGUGAAAACUUGGUGGACAAAAAUCAUAAACACAUUGAUUGGAUGAAAGGAAAUCAUUUGAUUAUAAAUGGCACAUCAGCAAAAUUUGCAGAUUCAUUUGUUGUUAGAGACAUCCUUGGCUGCAACAAACAUCUCUUAGAAGCAUUUCAAAACAAACUAUCAAUUAAUGCACAACAAUGUACAAUUAAAGAUUUCCAUAAGGAAAUAAACAAAAAUCUUGAGAGUCUUUAUAAUUCAGAUGGACUUUUUGCUGACUAUCAUAUUGUAACAAUUCUUUUUACUACACAACCAUUUGAUGGUGAUGUUGCAGAUCUUGAUGAAGAUUUUUUACUUAUUUCAAAAGAAAACUUUGCAGCAUAUUUUGGUCCAGUCUUUUCAACACGUGCCAUGCUUUCUAUUACUAAUGACAUUAAUCCUAACUUCUCUGGUUGGGAUAUGAUUAAAAAUAAUAUCCCUGGUGCUGGUGACCUUACUACAACCAAUAUUGUUUCAAAGAGGCCUUAUAAGAGUGAAGAGGAUCUGUUCAACAAACAUCCAAGAAUCAAGAAUGCUAUGGAUCAAUUUCCAUCUGCAAAGAGACCUAAAUUAAGCUUUUAUCCAUUUAACCUUGAAUAA